GAGAAUGGGAAGAGGUCCCAGUUAUGGCGCAUGACGACAAAAGGAAUGUUGGAGCACGAGGGCUCUAUGCCCCCGCGGGAUCCUCGUAAACAGGGAAGCUCUUCCAAUCGUCUGGUCUUGGAUAUAGCAGCCAUUGCUCCACAGCCUGGAAAAAAGGUGCCGCUGACGUUGAGAAAGAUAGACGAGCGCAGGUUGUCCACACAGAAAUGGUGCUUCAAAGAUGGGAAGCUGUGCUGUGGAAGUGGUGUGCUAUGUGUCCAGGCCCUUGGAGAUUAUCUACAAGACGGUGCUGUAGGAAUGCUAGGCCCGUGUCCAUCUUCCACGUCCAGUUCAGUCCCCAUACUGGCCCAAAUGUCCAGCCAGCGCCUCCACCCUGGCUCAGGUCACCUGUCAGUUAGGGUCAUGAUGGAUGGACCAAUCAGAGUGCUAGAAGUAACAGACACUCAGAAAAAG